AUGACUAAUGCCACUAUACAGUCCAACUAUAUUAGUUUAAUUUUUUUUCAGGAAAUAGAAGGCAUAGAUGACUACUGGGGGCCAGCGUUCAGAUCAGUUUAUGAAGGUGAAGGUGGACACGAGGCGUUUGUGCAGCAACUGGAUGAGAGGAUCCAACAACAUGAUAAAGAGAUUGAAAAGCUGUGCAAUUUCUACUAUCAGGGUUUUAUAGAUUCUAUUAGAGAGCUGCUUCAAGUGCGGUCUCACGCAGAAGAGCUUCAUGCAGAGAUAUCAAAUGUUGAUGCCAAUGUUAAGGAAUCCUCGGAAAGUCUCUGCAAUAGAGCUGAGGAAUUAAUAAGGGCGCGUAGAGUUGAACUGAAUAUUGCAUCUACGAUAGAGAAAAUGGAGUUAUGUCUGCCCUUGCUCACUACUUACUCCAAACUCAAGACACAGGUUGAAGCAAAGAGAUAUUAUCCAGCAUUGAAAACUUUGGAACAAUUAGAGCAUGUUUUGCUGCCAAGAGUUGGUCCAUAUAAAUGGUGUUCACAAAUAUCAGCUGACAUACCGAAGCUGAGGCAGUCUAUACAGGAUGCUUCGAUGGCUGAUUUGAGGGAUUUUCUUGAAAAUAUACGGAAAUUAAGCCCACAGGUGGGAGCUCUAGCUUUGAAACAAACUCAAGAAAUGCUUGGCAGAAGCUUGGAGCUCAUUAUCAAGAACAAGAAAGAGGCUGCAUCUCUUGGUCUUCCUCGUGACACAAGUAGUCAGAGUCCGCACGAACUGGUUGACUUUAGUCCGCUCCACAGAUGUCUUCACAUACACAGUGUGUUGGGAGCUAAGAAUGAUUUUGUUCAAUAUUACAGAGCUCAACGUAAGCAGCAGGCUCGUCUAGUGCUAAUACCUUCGGGUAAUUUACACGAUUCCAUUCAAAACAUGAAGGGUUACCUGAACUCAGUACUUGGUUUCUUUAUCCUGGAGGAACAUCUCUUAACUACGGGAGCUGGCUUAGUAUCCAGGGAUUGGUUGCUCGAUACAUGGAGUAUGGCAGUCACUAAGGUCGCCUCCACACUGAGGACAAACACUUCAUUGAUAACCGACCCAACAUUAAUGCUCAGUAUUAAACACCAGAUUGUACUGUUCAUUAAUGCUUUGAAGUGUUAUGGUUUACCAACGGAACCCCUUCCCCUACUUCUCCAAGAAAUGGCUGAACAUUACACCGAAGUGUUGAUGCAACGUUGGGUGGUUGUCUUCAGAGAUAUUUUGGACAACGCCUCAUUCGCACCGAUAGAGGUGUCAAAUCAAGAGGAGUAUGAUGCUGUUAUGGACACCUUCCCUUACGAUGGUGAUGAAUUAGAGACUCAGCCCUUCCCCAGGAGGUUUCCGUUCACGUCACUGGUUCCAGCUGUCUACGUUCAAGUCAAAGAGUUCAUCUACGCCUGGCUCAAGUAUUCAGCUGGCCUCGGUCUUGGAGGUGGUCGCAGGGCUGCCGCUGCGCGACAUUCUGCUUCGUUACUACUGAGCCGCUCAUUUACUGGCUGUCUGUCAGCCCUGUUCAGACGACCUCUACCUUUGACUCAGCUCGUGCAGAUAAUCGUGGACACACAAUAUUUGGAGGACGCUACAUCCUUCUUGUAUGAAUUCAUCAGUAAUAUAACUGGGUCAGAACUCGUAACCACUCAGGCCGCGGGCAGCAUGUUCCAAGCUGCAAGAGAUGACGCUGAGAAGCAAAUAUGUGAGAAAUUAGAAAAGAAAGUUGACGAAUUCCUUGACCUUGAGAACUACGACUGGCUGUUGGUUGAGCCUAGCGGCCAAGCGUCAUCGUUCGUCACGGAUAUGUUGAGUUAUCUUUCCGGAGUUCUCACGUCUUUGGAACAGCUGCCUCAAUUCGCUCGUGUGGCAGCAGUUCGAGCGGCAACCAAUCGCAUCGCAACCCGUCUUCGCAACCUACUCCUGGAACCUGGAGUCCGUCAGAUAUCCUCAGGAGCUUUAUAUCAGCUGGACCUGGAUGUCAUACAAUGCGAACAGUUCGCCGCCGCUGAGCCAGUUCCAGGUCUUAGGGAGGGUGAACUUCUGGAACACUUCGCUAGUCUACGACAACUGCUGGAUCUGAUAACGGGCUGGGAUUGGUCUUCCUAUUUACACGAUGUUGGCAUCGAGGGCGGGAAAUACGCUCUCGUAACUCCUCGGGACGCCGCCACGCUCUUGGAGAAGCUUAAAGAAGCGGAACAGAAAUCAUCCGUCUUCUCCGUUCUCAAGAAAAAUGAGAGGGACAGAAGAAAAUUACUAGACACAGUGCUGAAACAACUCAAACAACUUCAGAAUCAAGACGGCUGA